AUGAUGUGCACACAAAUCUUAGUCUCUGCCUUGUUGGCCUUGUGCCUACCCGAAGUCGGCUCUGCAGCCCCAUACCCUGAGGUUCGAAGCGAAAGCGUGUGCACGAACGGUGUCUACGGAGAACUCUCCCCAGUCCUCGCUGGCUACUCGGUUGCACUGGCAUCUUGUUCUACAAUAUACCCCGUCGAAUGCACCACGGAUCUGACCAAGCGUGGGGCAAUGCUGGCAGAGGCGAAGAUCGUUACUCAAGUACGCACCGCAACAACGAUGACAAACUCUCAACAAGCUUCUGCUUGGUCCAAAUUGCAGCAACAGCCUAAUAGUGUGGUGUCGACAAUGUGCUCGUGUAUUGCAACACCAAAGUCUUGCCCUAUUCAAGAAAGUGCUACCAGCAUCGUGAAGAGAGCAGCUAUCAAGACAGUCGCAAGCAAGUCAGCGAAGGGUACCACCAAAUCGACGACAAAGGCUACAACCACAAGUACCCGCAAACCGACUACUACUACUAAGCCUAAAACUAUCACAACCACCACCAAACAUACCACCACCACAACCAAGCACAGCACCGCAAGCACCAAGCACAGCACAGCAUCCACCAAGCACAGCACAGCAUCCACCAAGCACAGCACCACAUCCACCAAGCAUAGCACUGCAACAACCAAGCAUACCACUACAACCAAGCCAACUACGAAGACUACUACUUCCACCAAACAUACCACCACCACACAAAACCUACCACCACCACCAAACCAACCACCACCACCGCCAAACCGACCACCACCACCAGCACCAAAUCAACCACCAUCACGAAAACAUACUACCACUAAACAUACCACUACCAUAAAGAAACCUACCACCACCUCGACCACGAUUGCCACUAAAACGACCACGACUGUCCCAACUAUCUCGGCUAUAUCGACCACCUUAACUACAUCGGUUGGAUCAAUCACGUCGACUACCUCGACUACGUCUGAUCUAUCUAGCACGUCGACCACGUCGAUCAACUCAACUACAUUAGAUCUACCUACCACGUCGAUUACAACAACCACUUCAACCACUUCGACCACCUUAGAUACACCUACCACGUCGACUAUCUUAGCUAAUUCAACUACCCCAGAUCCACCUACGACGUCGACUAUCUUAGCUAAUUCAACUACCUCAGAUCCACCUACGACGUCGACUAUCUUAGCCACUUCAACUGCCCCAGAUACACUGAGUAGUUCGACAACGUCAACCAUUUCAACCACAUCAGAUACACCAACUAAUUCGACGAUAGCAACCACAUCAGAUACACCAACCAAUUUGACGAUAGCAACCACAUCAGAUAUACCAACUAGUUCGACGAUAGCAACCACAUCAGAUACGACCAUCUCAGCCAUAUCGACUACAUCUGAAGCAACCACAACACCUACAUCAGCUAUAUCUGAAGCGACCACAUCAGAUACCACCAUCUCAACCAUAUCGACUAUAUCUGAAGCAACCACAACAACUGCAGCAGCUACAUCUGAAGCAGCCACAACAACUGCAGCAGCUACAUCUGAAGCAGCCACAACAACUGCAGCAGCUACAUCUGAAGCAACCACAAUAACUGCAUCAGCUACAUCUGAAGCAACCACAAUGAUUGCAUCGGCUACAUCGGCUACAUCUGAAGCAACCACAAUAACUGCAUCAGCUACAUCUAAAGCAACCACAGUAACUGCAUCAGUCUCAACGGCUUCACCCUCCGUGGGGAUUUUAUAA